AUGGCUAACUUGAAGGUACCGGUCACCAACGAAGUACUAUCGUCCAUCAGCAGCCCGAGAACGUCUUCCGGUCCCCACACUAGUGAGUCUGCAGUCGUCACCAUUACCCCAACGACAUCACCGAGUCUGUCCCCAGGCACUCCGGACAAAAGCGGCUCUUGCGAGUCUUCCUGCGAACCGACUGUAAAAAUACUCGAAGAAGUUGGUCGCAAGCUGGAAACUUUGGUCCUCGCGGGAGACAGCGUACCACCUCGAGCCCAGCCGGUUGUCGAUGGCAACCUCGAAGCUUCGCCACUACGCAACCACGAUCUGCCCAGAUUUGAGUGCGCUUUCGGAUUCUCUGGUGCUGUUGACAAACCCGCGGACAUUCCUAAGACCAAGGCCGCCUUCGUCGCUGCUCUCACAGACGAGAUUAUAGUCAUUGCAGGGAUUCAGAGAGGCUUGAAAUCUUACCAGACCGCCAUCAAUUCCGGUAAAUACCACACCUUCAGGAACGAGUUUCUCAUUGAUCAAAAUACUGCCACGAUUAUCACAGUGGACCAGCUAGACCAGAUCGCUGCGCACCUGAAGAAGCUUGAGAAGGACGUUAAGGACAUUUUCGAUCACAAAGCGGAGGUCGAGGAGGAGUUAAUGGACGCGUUCCGGCAGGUGCAACCAUGGGUUAUGCGUGCUCGGGCUAUUCUUCGCCACUGUCACGUCUUCUACAAGAUCAACUUCGUCUUGGCUAGUGAGAAGAAGGGCAAGCAGCACUGA